GGGAGGAGAAGGAGAAGCUGACACAGAUCUACGCAGGCUCCUGCUCAGCACCCGCCAGGCGCAAGGGGAGAGGAGGUACUGGACAGACACAGACGGACAGGACUGACUGAGGGACGGACGGACAGUCGGACGGACAGGCUGAGGAAGCAGAACGGCAGGGGAGGAGAGGAGAGAGAGGGCUAGAGAAAGGCAGGCAGGGGUAGGUAAGAGAGACAGACACUUAUCUCAGGGUGUUGGGAGAGGAAAGGACAGAGAAGGCCAAGGGGAAGAAUGAAGGGUGACAGAUAGACACAAGGGAGGACAAAGAGGAGGAGACAGACAGACAACAGGCAGGCAAACCCCGCACAUGGAGGACUGCAGGUUGAGAGACCGAUGUGGGCCAUCAUAGAGACUGUGGCAAGGGUGGGCACCUGACUGUCCCCCCCCCCCCACCUCCGAGACCCUCCUGCCAGGGGGGUGGGCAGCAGCUAGUGAUGGCCGAUUCCUGCCAGAACCUCACGUACGUGCGGGACUCGGUGGGGCCAGCCACCAGCACCUUGAUGUUCGUGGCGGGCGUGGUGGGCAAUGGGCUGGCCCUGGGCAUCCUGGGCGGGCGGCGCCGGUCACACCCAUCGGCCUUCGCGGUGCUGGUCACAGGGCUGGCGGUGACCGAUCUGCUGGGCACCUGCUUCCUGAGCCCGGCCGUGUUUGUGGCCUAUGCUCGCAACAGCUCGCUGCUGGGCCUGGCCCACGGGGGACCGGAACUGUGCAAUGCUUUCGCCUUCGCCAUGACCUUCUUCGGCCUGGCUUCCACACUCAUCCUCUUCGCCAUGGCGGUGGAGCGCUGCCUGGCACUCAGCCACCCCUACCUGUACGCCCAGCUGGACGGGCCCCGCUGUGCCCGCCUGGCACUGCCCACCAUCUACGCCUUCUGCCUCCUCUUCUGCACCCUGCCCCUCCUGGGCCUGGGCCAGCACCAACAGUACUGCCCCGGCAGCUGGUGCUUCAUCCGCAUGCGGGCACCGGAGCUGGGCGGCUGUGCUUUUUCCCUGGCCUACGCCAGCCUGGUGGCCCUGCUGGUGAGCGCCAUCGUCCUGUGCAAUGGCUCCGUCACCGUCAGCCUCUGCCGCAUGUACCGCCAGCAGAGGCGGCACCAGGGCUCGCUGGGGCCCAGUUCGGGGGCCCGCGAGGACGAGGUGGACCAUCUCAUGCUGCUGGGCCUCAUGACGGGCGUCAUGGCCGUGUGCUCUCUGCCUCUCACGAUCCGUGGCUUCACCCAGGCCAUCGCCCCAGACAGCAGUGAGAUGGGGGACCUCCUGGCCUUCCGCUUCAACGCCUUCAACCCCAUCCUGGACCCCUGGGUGUUCAUUCUGUUCCGCAAGGCCGUCUUCCGGAGACUCCGGCUCUGGUUCUGCUGCCUCUGGGCCCAGCCCACCCGCACGGAGCUGCAGACAACCUUCUCCAGGCCUGCCUCAGAGAGGGGGGACCCUGGGGCCCCCCAUGCCCUGGAUGGGAAGGAGCGAAGCUGGGUGCCUCUGUCCAACUGGAGCGAGAGACAGAGGGCCCCCCUGCCUCCUGUGCCACCACCCAGUGGCACUGUGGGGACGCUGUCUAAAGCAGAGGCAGUGGUCACCUGCUCCCUCUGCUGACUGCAGUGGGCUGACGGCUGGGCUGACGGCGGCUGGGCUGGCCCUGAGGCCUACUGUCAUCUUGUGUUCUGGGCCCAGGAGCCAGAAAAGCAGGGAUUCAUUCAUCUGAAGGCUGUGGAAGUAAGAGCCUUGAUGCUCCCCCAAAUUUAAGGGGUGUUCAGCUGCUCUUUCUCUUCUUUCUGGGAAGCCAUUGUUGGGGGGGGCAGGGGAGGAGGCACCCAUGAAAACAGAUCUCUGAAAAUAACCAAUGGCCCGGCCAACCCGCUCUCCAUCCAUCUUCCCGUGUAAAUAUUUAAGAAAUGGAAAAGUGCCCAGUGGCUUCUGUAUAUUCAGGUCUGUUCGGGUCGGGGUUCUCAUCCUCAGCCUCAUCUAUUUAGGGGGUUCCAGUCACCCACCCCAGCUCCCCAGGGGACAGCCCUGCCCUCUCCAAGCUACCCUUCUCCACUCCCAGAGAGCUGGGGAUUGUGGGAACACUCCUUCCUCUCUUCUUCCCAUCAGCCUGUGCCCUCCCCAAGGGCACGGGGAGGAAUGGGGUCUCCCGCCCCAGCAUCAGAUGUGACACAGGUCUUGUGCUUUCUACCGGAAAGGCCUGAGGACGGCUGAGCCUUGGGAUGUGAGCCGGGAGGGGGGGGGGGCUGGGAGAAAGAUGGAGACCUUGGUGGUAGGAGAAGUGGGGUUCCCAGGGACAGCCCAAGAAGGCACACCAGGUCCUGCCCUGUCCAGGCCCUGGACAAAUAAAUGCUUCCUUACUGAGCCUGACCUGCUGUCCCUUCACAAAAACUCCUUCUUGCCUGCCUGCAUGCU